UUCUCUCCAUCUAUCAGCCCUCUCUCUCUCUCUCCAGUCCGGACCACCUCCGACAUGCCUCCCCAGCUCCAGUCCCAGAACCAGAGCGGACCCCGGGUCCUGCAGGGCGACCUCAGCGCCCUCAGCCAGGCCGUCAGGGAGUUCGUGGACGCCAACGUGACCCUGUGCCAGCCCGACUCCCUCCACAUCUGCGACGGAUCGGAGGAGGAGAACCGAGCCAUCCUGACCCAGCUGGAGGAGCAGGGGAUGAUCAAGAAGCUCAGCAAAUAUGAAAACUGCUGGUUGGCCAGGACCGACCCGAUGGACGUGGCCCGCGUGGAGAGCAAGACGGUGAUCGUGACCCGGGACCAGAGGGACACGGUGCCCACGCCGCUGGACGGCGGAGUCAGCCAGCUGGGACGCUGGAUGUCCCCGGAAGAGUUCGACAAGGCCAUGACUCAGCGGUUCCCCGGCUGCAUGAAAGGCCGCACCAUGUAUGUGAUCCCCUUCAGCAUGGGUCCGGUGGGCUCCCCCCUCUCCAAGAUCGGCGUGGAGCUGACGGACUCGGCCUACGUGGUCGCCAGCAUGAGGGUGAUGACUCGCAUGGGGAAGGCCGUGCUGUCGGCUCUGGGAAACGGAGAAUUUGUCCGCUGCUUGCACUCUCUCGGCUGUCCGCUGCCACUCAAAAAACCCCUGGUGAACAACUGGCCCUGUAACCCGGAGGAGACGUUAAUCGCUCACAUCCCAGACAGCAGGCAGAUUGUUUCCUUUGGCAGCGGCUACGGAGGAAACUCGCUGCUGGGAAAGAAGUGCUUCGCCCUUCGCAUCGCCUCACGCAUCGCCAAGGAGGAGGGCUGGCUGGCCGAGCACAUGCUGAUCCUGGGCGUCACCAACCCUGCUGGAGAGAAGAAGUACAUGGCCGCGGCCUUCCCCAGCGCCUGCGGGAAAACCAACCUGGCCAUGCUCUGCCCCACGCUGCCGGGCUGGAAGGUCGAGUGCGUGGGAGACGACAUCGCCUGGAUGAAGUUUGAUGAUGAAGGAAACCUGCGAGCCAUCAACCCAGAGAACGGCUUUUUCGGUGUUGCCCCAGGAACCUCGAUCAAAACAAACCCCAACGCCAUGGCGACCAUUGUCAAGAAUACCAUCUUCACAAAUGUGGCAGAGACCAGCGAUGGCGGUGUUUACUGGGAGGGGAUGGACCAAUCGCUGCCUGAGGAAAUCACCCUCACUUCCUGGAAGAACAAGCCCUGGAGCUCAGAAGACGGCGAACCCUGUGCUCAUCCCAACUCACGCUUCUGCACUCCGGCCGGCCAGUGCCCCAUCAUCGAUCCGCAGUGGGAAUCCCCAGAGGGAGUCCCCAUCGAGGCCAUCAUAUUCGGAGGCCGCAGACCAGAGGGUGUCCCUCUGGUGUAUGAGGCCUUCAACUGGCAGCAUGGUGUGUUUGUUGGAGCAGCCAUGAGGUCGGAGGCUACGGCUGCAGCUGAAUACAGAGGGAAGGUCAUCAUGAAUGACCCAUUCGCCAUGCGCCCCUUCUUCGGCUACAACUUUGGACAGUACCUCUCUCACUGGCUGAGCAUGGCUGAGCGUCCCGGGGCCAAGCUGCCCAAGAUCUUCCACGUCAACUGGUUCCGCAAGAGCCCGAGCGCCGGCUUCCUCUGGCCUGGCUUUGGCGACAACAUCCGUGUUCUGGACUGGAUGUUCAGAAGGGUGAAUGGCGAGGCCGGCUCAGUUCCCUCCGCCGUGGGCCACCUGCCUUGCCAAGGCUCCCUGAACCUCCAGGGUCUGCAGAGCGAUGUGGACCUGGAUGAGCUGUUCUCCCUGGAUCAGGAGUUUUGGCAGAGGGAGGUAGAAGAGGUGAGGAGCUACUUCACCACGCAGGUGAAUGACGACCUGCCCGCCGAGAUCACACAUCAGCUGCAGCUCCUGCAGCAGAGAGUGAAGCAGAUGUGAGGAGGGAAACAAGAGGGGACAUUUUGGGCACGUUAGUGAUUCUACAGCUUCUCCUAAACAUUGUAGAACAGAGAAGACAGAGGUGUUCCACAAGGUUCUGUGUUGGGACCAAUGUCUUUUACUUAUUCUAUGCUUCCUGAAGGCAAUAUCAUCAGAAAGCACCAUGUGAACAUAUGUUGUUAUGCAGAUGACACCACGCUGUAUUUAUCUAUUUGCCGUACAUUGGAUCUAAUUGAACUUAAAUUAUUGUAGAACAUGACAGAAAUUUUACAACAACAUUGUAGAUUAGAAUUGUAUUAAUUCUAGAUUGGCUCAGAAGUUCUAGUAGAGAAAUAUUUUAAAUUCUGGAACAGAAAGUGAGAAAUUCCAGAAUAUUUAAUUGUUGUUUUACUGAGGGAAUGUUUUUACGAGGGAAUCAAUUUCUUUUGAGGAUUUCUUGCUUUAAGGUUUGAGCGUACAAAUUAAUGAUUUUUUUAUACUUUUUAAAAUUGUGCAAUUUGUUAAUUUGUUCACCAGAAAUAAUCUGAUUGUUGAGAUUUAUUUUUUUGUGGGGAAAAACUGAGAACCGUCACAUGAACAAAUGGAACAUUCAUCAUUCCCCCCCACAUGUUUGCACCAAGACAUCUGAUCUGAAGGGGAAGUGAUCCUCGGUGGAGCUGCUGCACAAGCACAUCACUUUAAACUUAUGUUUAAAUAUAUUCGCAAACUGUUCAACUGCUAUUUUAUAAUAACUUAUUAUCAGUGCACAUCACACAAUCCCUGCAGUGUGGAUUCAUAUGGACCAAAGAGAAAACGAGUCUAGGUUCACUCAAGUUUGUCUGAUCUCUCAAAUAUGAGGGAAAUAUAUGUUUUCUGUUCCUGAUGUAUUUUUUUGUCUUAAAUUAUUUUUAUACUGUCUCAGUCUCUAGGUUCUGUUUUGUUUUACUCUUGAAUAACACAGAACAAAAUAAAUGGAUUUAAACGUA